UUAUUGACUUACAAAAUUUGUGUUGAAAUAACUCAGUUCAGCUUAUACCUUUAUUCUCUUUUUGAAUGAACAUUUUAGAAAACCGUAAAAGACAUUACAAUGAUCAAGCACAUGAUGGCUUUCAUCGAACAGGAGGCAACUGAAAAGGCAGAGGAGAUUGAGCAAAAGGCCGAGGAAGAAUUCAACAUUGAAAAAGGUCGCCUUGUCCAAAACAGGAGGUUGAAAGUCAUGGAAUAUUAUGAUAGAAAGGAAAAACAGGUCGAACUUCAGAAAAAAAUCCAGUCUUCCAACAUGUUGAACCAGGCGAGACUAAAAGCCCUCAAGGUCCGUGAGGACCAUGUUAGAAACGUCUUAGAUGAAGCGAGAAAGAGGUUGAUCAAAUCAGUUUCCAACACUGGUGAUUACCAGGUUCUACUCCAAAAGCUCAUCCUUCAGGGGUUGUUUCAGCUCCUUGAAAAUGAAGUUACUCUCAAAGUAAGAGAAGUCGAUCAGGAUAUCGUCAAACAGGUUCUUCCAAAUGUCGUUGAAGAGUACGAAAAGAAAACUGGCGUCACUAUCAAGUUAAAAGUCGACUCAGACACUUUUCUUCCUGCCGAAUCAAGCGGUGGUGUUGAACUCAAUGUGUGCAAUGGAAGAAUAAAGAUCAGCAAUACACUCGAGUCUCGACUCGAUCUCAUUUCCCAGCUGCUUGUUCCUCAAAUAAGAAAUGCGCUCUUUGGAAAGAAUCCCAACAGGAAAUUUGACGAUUAAAUCAUUUUAGUUCUGUCAGUAUAUAAACAUUCUUAAAAAACAGAAGAAAGAAAAAAAUGUUUGCCUUUGUCGUACAAUGAGUACAUGUACAUUCCACUUGCAAAAAGUUUGUUUUUAAUGUAAUAUUGCAAUAUUUUAAGAUUUUAUUCGAUGUUAUUAUAGGUUAUGUUAUAAAAACUAAUAGGUGUUGGAA